AUGGCGCGCGUCGCGCCCCGCCCCGCGCUCCUCGCGCUCCUCGCGCUCCUCGCGUGCUUCGUCCACGCCGUCGUCGCGGUGGAGAUCAUCUCGGACCAGGACGAGCUCGAUGCGAUCAUCGAAGAGGCGCGCUCUCCCCGACCCCGCCGUCGUCCGCGAACCGAGGGCGAUCUGCUCGCGGUCGUCGCGCGCGUGGACGACGUCUCCACGCCCGAGUACGCGAUCUUCCAGGACGCGGAGAGAACGUUCGCGGCGCACGGCUUCGACGACGUGCACUUCUACGCGGAGGCGCGCGCGACGACGGAGGAGACGUACGAUCCGAACGUCCGCGAGCCUCCCGAGAUGUACCUGUUCCACGGCCUGAGCGACGGGAAGGUCCGCCCGCGUGUGCGCGGGAAAGCGCAAGGGCAGGCGAUGCCGCUGAAGGUGGUCGGACGCGACCGGGACGGGGACGAAAGCGACGCGACCGCGGGGUCGAUCCCGUGGGCGGCGUCGAACCUGACCGCCUGGAUCUUCGUCAACGUGCAGCCGCACUACUUCAAGUUCCCGCCGUUCCCGGAAGAGCGCGGGUACGCGAACGAGGUCCAGCGCGCGCGCAUCGCGGCCAAGAGCCAGUGGCCGAAGAUCAUGUUCGCGACGACGGAAGAAAACUCGGUCGACAUGGACGACGCGGCCGUGGAGCGGGGGCUCCUCGCCGCGGGCGCCGCGCUUAAACGCAACGGCGCGGGCGCGUUGUUCCACCUCAACGUUCCCGAGCAGGAGCUCGUCGCGAUGCUUCACAUGCUCGGCGUCGGCGACGACGACGGGCGCGCUCACGCGAAGAAGAAGCUCGAGACGAAGAACCAAGUCUACUUCGCGUACUUCGACCCGGUCUCGCUGCUGUUCGGGACGGCGUUCCACGACUUGAGCGAGGACGUCGCCGCCGCGAACGCGACGGGCCUCGCCGAGAGCGUCGGCAAACGCGUCCUCUCGUUCGCGACGAAGAUGGAGAGGGACGGCAAGGUGGAGACGAUGGACGCGUCGUGGGCGGCGGGCGCGCGGCCGCCGUUGCGCGGCGCGGACGACCUGAAGAACGACGAGGCGUUCAAGCACAACCGCGAGAGCGUGAAGACGGCUUCCUUCGUCGGGAUGAUGGCGCCGUUCAAAGAUCAGGUGCCGUAUCCGGGCGCGAUCGGCUCCCCGGAGUUUUUGAAGGUGUACGAGCCCAAGGAGAACGGUCUGUGGGUGAAGAGGAAGGAGGGCGUCAAGAAGGGGAAGAAAGCGAAGAGAGCGAAGAAGGCUGCGGCGGGGGCGGACGAGCUGUGA